AUGUCGACAUUCAACGGUAUCGUUUCUGAAUUCCCAGACAUAAAAAUCGACUUCUUUCGCAAGAAUCCCAAUGCACCACCACCGUUGGCAUGCUUUCUAAGCCACGUCCAUAGUGACCAUCUCGCAGGUCUAGAGAGUCUAAAAUCUCCUUUUGUAUAUUGCUCAGCGGCCACUCGCGAGAUCCUCUUACAACUUGAGAGAUAUCCAUGUAGAAUCAACUAUGCAAAAGGCAUUCUUGAAGCCAGGCAUCAAACCUUUAAACAUCUUGACAAGAUAUUGAAACCUCUACCACUGGAAGCACCAACAUCCAUCGAGCUUCGCCCAGGCCAGCAGAUCCAAGUGACGCUCUUUGAUGCUAACCAUUGCCCCGGGGCUGUCAUGUUCUUGGUUGAAGGAGACGGAAAAGCAAUCUUGUACACUGGAGACAUACGGAGCGAACCAUGGUUCGUCAACGCCGUUGCCCGCAAUCCCAGUCUAGUCGAAUACACAUCAGGCCUCAAAAGCCUCGACAAGAUAUAUCUCGAUACGUCCUUCACCGACGAUGUCCCAUUCCAAACAAAAGUAGAUGGUAUAGCGGAACUAUUGAGAAAGAUUUCCGCCUACCCAGAUGAUACCAUUUUCCACCUUCAAGCUUGGACUUACGGCUACGAGGAUGUCUGGAUUGCCCUAUCUAAGGCACUCAGAUCUAAGAUACAUGUUGACGAGUACAAAAUGUGCAUAUACAAAUCACUGAAAUCAAGGAAUCCCAACUCACGAUUCCAUUCAGAUAUCCAUUUGACUCCUGAAUCACCAGCCUUGACUGGCCAUUUAUGUGGCAAUACACCGCAUCCAGGAUGUUUGACUGCGGAUACCAAUGUCCGCUUGCAUAGUUGUGAAAAGGGAAACAUGUGUGAAGUGGCUCAAAGACCUACAACUGUGUCCAUUCAGCCCAUAAUUGCCCAUCUAUCUACAGGAGAAGACUUGGCUGAAGUUGGAGUUGGAGGGGGCGGGGACGACCUUCAACGGGAAGCUGAGCUUGAAUCCUUGGAUCAAGCCACCUUAGACACUCUUUUCAAUCGAGUCCUCACUACAUCUGAGACCAUGACUAACUUGUCAGAUACGCUUCGAGAGGGUUUAGACCAGCUAGUGUCGACAGGCCGAAACAUACCCCUGGAUUGGGACCUCGACACUUUGGGCACACAUUCGGCCGAUGAAAUCAUUACUAUGCUUAUCCAAAGGCUGAGCAAAAGCAGCAAGAACCAGAAGCCCAUUCAUGAGGGCGCAUUGCCGAAGACUAUAUAUUUCCCUUAUUCAAGGCAUUCUUCCUUGCCCGAGCUCUGCCACUUCGUUGACACCUUCCGUCCAAAAGACGUAUGGCCGUGCACUGUCAGUCCUGUCGAAUGGCUUAGAAAGGGAAUCACUGUUGGGUAUCUGUUCGGACGGUUUUGUUCCGGUAAAGAUUUUGAACAUGAUAAACUUAUGCAAGCCUUUGCCACUGCGCAUGGGUUGAAUAGCCCGCACCAACAGCACGACAGCCAGACAACUACCAAUUCAGACCGUGUUCCAAAUUCACCAGUUGACGAACCGCAAAGCCCUCAACAACAAAGUCCGAGUAUUUCCUCCCCCAAGUUUGUGAGUCAGCUGUUGGACACUCAAGUCAGCGAUUGCCAAGAAGAGAUAGUCGUCGAAUUAAGGAGACCGGCCGAAGAGUCAGUUGCUCAACCUGAGAGGUCACCAACUCGCCACACAAGUGACCAUACAAGUGGAACAUCAGCAGGCCCGCAGUCAGAGGGUAUUUCACAGGGUGGUCGCCAUGGUAUAGAGCCGACUGAAAGUUUGCCUGAUAACCCAGCCCCAAGGUCUUCUGGUCAAAAGCGCAGCUUUUCCAACAUUUCCCAGAAUGAGACAGAAGAUGAGACCGAAGGUGAAACCGAAGAUGAAGAGCAAGAGACAGCAUACCCGUUGAGAGAGCCACCUGGUCUGAGCAUAGCAGAAGGUUGUUCUCUGGCCCGUCGAGAAGCUUAUUUGCAAAUGACCCGAAAUCUGAUGGAGAACACUUCUUGGACUACGUUACAGCUCAUAUCGACCAGUAAUGAGUAUACGUUGGAGGAAAGAGAACUAUAG